AUGAAAACCAAUGCUUGCUUGUUACUUGCAGGCUCUUGUGAUGGAUACACUACCAUAGAUGAACCAUGGCGCAACCGAAACUUUUCAGCUACCUCUUUUACUGGCUAUUCUAAAAAUGAUACACAAUUUCUUGGCAACUGGUUGCGCUUCACAGGGAUCGGUGGAGACAGAGUUGUUACAUCCUGUGUAUCAGUUCAAACUGGUGGUACACACGUCCCCAUUUAUGUUGCAUUUUCCUUACCAACCAAUGAGUCUCUGACCCCGACAAAUGGGACUGCAAAAGGGUGUAAUUCAUUAACUUUUCCAGUGAGUGUGGCCCUCUGUCCAGGCGGAUUCUACGUGUAUAAACCGCUGGCUCUUCUCCCAGCUGUCAACAUGAUAUAUGUAACUUAUCACUCUGAGUGUAAAGCAGGCUCUUGUGGACCAUUGGCUACGUGCACAUCAACUGGGGGAUGCAUUUGUGAGGUUGGAUAUGAAAUGCCUCCUGGCUACCUGCCUAUUUCAGGGUCAUACGGCUGUGUUGACAUUGAUGAGUGCAAGAGGACUCCCAAAAUUUGUGGUUCUAACACCGACUGCUCCAAUACAAUUGGAUCAUACAGCUGUAUCUGUGUGGAAGGAUUCGGUGUAAACGGUUCAGCAUUAUUAGCUACAGUGACCAAUGGCUGUGAAGACAUUGAUGAAUGUCUUGAUGGUAUCUGUGGGAAAUAUGGGACCUGCCAGAACAACAUAGGAAGCUUUGCGUGCAAGUGCGAUCGUGGCUUUGAUGCUGAUUAUAGUGCACCCACUGUUUGCCAAGAUGUUAAUGAGUGUUUAAACACAACAAUAUGUGGUCCCUAUUCUAUCUGCACCAACUUACCCGGAAAUUACUCCUGUUCAUGUCAGCUGGGCUUUGCACCAACUAAUCGAACUCAAGCACCCAAUGCGACCAACAUCUGUAUUGAUAUUGAUGAAUGUACAGAACCGGUGUGUAGUACAUGCGUGGACAUCUGUGGACCAAAUUGCAACUGCUCAAAUUCAAUUGGAUCUUACUUCUGUACAUGCUUCCCUGGUUAUCGGAUCAACAACCCAGACUUUAUAGCCAGCUAUGAUAACCCAUGCAGAGAUAUAGAUGAGUGUACUGAGACACCCGGCAUAUGUGGUGCGCUAACUAUUUGUACUAAUGUACCGGGCACUUUCUAUUGUUCCUGCCCCGAUGGAUUUUUCCCCUCAACAGGAAUCAUUGAGUGGAAACUGGGCGUCACGUACUGUCAAAGUCUUGAAACUACUCUAAAUAAAAUCCCAGUCAAAGAGGGUCAGACCAAAGAAAGAGCUUUCCUCAGCAAUAUGCAAGAUGACCUAUUGAACCAUACAGAUGCCUUCCUACCAGAGGCCACUGUGGCCAACAGCUUUGCUGCCUCUAUGGAUGUAUCAGGUGUUGGACCGCGAGCCGUAACAAGCAAGGUGAGUAGUGAAGGAGAUGGAGAGACCGGCAGUGUGAUUCUUGGCCUCUCAGAGCAUAUCGUCACUGCAAUGACUCCAGCUACCGAAAACCAAACCACAAAACAAGUGCGCACUUCAACAGUGGAGUUGCAACUAGUGGCCAUUGGUCCAGGGAGUAGGGAUAACUGGAAUACCUCCCUCUCUGCUAAUGGAAAUAUCAUGGACUUCAACUUGCAGGCUAUAGCUCAAGCCAACAAUGGUUCUGCAACAGCUGCCUUUAUGACACUGAAUGGGAUGGAGAGUCUUCUCAGUCAUCAAUAUUUCAAAUCAGACAAACAGACAGAGAUGUGUUCGGAUGUUAUCACAGCCGUAAUACCAGUGAACAACACCAACCUCACAGAGCCUGUCAAUUUUACCAUCUACCAUAGGAAGCAAAUACCAGAAACAGGAACAGUCAGUUGUGUGUACUGGAAAAGCAGUGGAGAUGGGGGAACGGAUAUGAGCUGGUCAGAAGAAGGAUGUUGGGUUGCAUUCGCUCAUGAAAACUACACAAUCUGCAGCUGUUCUCACCUUUCUACAUUCGCCCUCAUCAUGCAGAUUGGGGAGCCUGCACCACAGGACCAUUUUUUAGAGUGGCUGAACAGGAUAUGUGUGAUUAUUGGACUCUUCUUUCUUGGUUUGGCCAUCCUUACCUUCCUUCUGUGCAGCUGGAACCCCAAAAUUAACAACACAGCCCGUCUUCACCUCUGUCUCACCCUGGCUUUCUCUCAGCUCCUUCUUUUGUGGAAUGACAAAUACACUGAUCAAAAGCUGGCGUGCACUGUCAUGGCAGGGCUUCUCCACUUCUUAAUUGUUGCCAGUUUUGUGUGGAUGCUGCUGGAGGCACUGCAGCUCCACUUGUUGGUACGAAGGCUCUCCAAGGUGCAAGUUAUCCGACGAGAUGGCCUCCCCAAACCACUUCUCUAUCUUGUUGGCUAUGGUGUUCCAUUUGUAAUAGUGGGUGUUUCUGCACUGAUUUAUUCUGAUGGAUAUGGUGCUACUGCGGCAAAUGUAUGCUGGCUCACUACAAAACGCAAUUUCAACUGGGCUUUAACAGGACCUGUUGUUGCUAUUCUAGGACUGAACUGGUUAUUGUUCUGUGCUACUCUGUGGAGUCUAAGACCCACGUUGGCAAACAUGAAGAGUGAUGUUUCUCAAUCCAAAGACACCAGGUUGAUUGUUUUCAAAAUCCUGGCACAGUUUGUCAUACUGGGCUGUACAUGGAUUCUGGGGCUGUACCAGACAAACCUUUUCUUCCAGGUCCUCUUCAUCAUGCUCAACUCCCAGCAGGGGACCUUCCUUUUCGUCGUACACUGCCUGCUAAACAAGGAGGUGCGAGACGAAUACGUGAAAUGGCUGACAUGCUCUUUUGGAAAAGACGCAUCCGGGGAGCAAGACGUGCCUUCAGUCACUGAAGACUUCGACAAGCAUGCUAACCCCAGCGAAGAUGGGAAAAAGGAAGACUAAUCGGAAUGAAGGGAGGAGAUCUAAAGCAGACAAAGCCAUUUGUAUGAAGUUAUUAUUUGUGCUUUUUGUAAAGUCCAUUUUAUUGACUGUAGAAGGUUAGCACAGGUAGCUACAUAUUGAGUAUAUCCCUGUGUGUCUCUUAGGGUUUUAGUUGCCAGUUUAACUGUCAGAGAAAUAAUAUCUAUUUAUGUAAACCUGAAUACAGUGAUUGCUAAAUUAUUGCUCUUUAACAAGCAGUUAUCUCUAGGUUUGUUUAGGUUUUAGUAGCUGUGCAGUGCUAUGUUACAACAGUUCACAUCAUAUUAACACCAUCAGUUAGGCUUGUUAUGCUGUAUACAGUUGAUAUAUAGCUGAUGUAGCAGUAGAAUAUCAUAAGUUUGACAGCUGUACUGAUUUUCUCGCUCUCUGAUGUAACACGCAGUGACUAAACACACCAUCUCUGUACCUAAUUUGCUUGGGCCUGGGA